CUUCUCAUCUCUCAAAAGAAGCCUAAUCAAUGAUCUAAGGAAUUCUCACAGUUAAACCAGAUAAGCGAUUUACUAUUAAUGAUAUUAGAAAUCAUCCAUGGUUCUAAAUUUAUAAAAGAACUUAUGAUAUACCUCCAGGAAUUGUUGUUGGUUAUAACAGAAUACCUAUUGAUUAAGAAAUUCUCAAAUAAUUAAAAUCAUAUGGCAUAGAUAUUGAUCAUGCUUAAAAAUGUUUAGAUGCCAAUAAACAUAAUGAAAUAACGACCUUUUAUCAUCUACUUCUUAAAAGACAUCUAACUAAUGGAGGAAGAUCAACUGCUGAUCUUAAUUCAGAAUCUUUUGAUAUUACUCUUUUAGAACCUAAACCUAGACCUUAAAAAGGUAUUCUUACUCUUUUCAUCUCUAGCUCCUAUUAGUUCAUUAGUUAAUAAUGAAGUUAUUAGAUAAUCAAUUAGAGAUGAUAUUAUUAAGUAAAGAUCUUAUUCUACUGAUAAAGAUAGAGGAAGAAUUAUUAAAACUACCAAUCAAAAUAAAAUACUUGCAGAUAAUGAUUUAAGUGUUAAUAGAAUAGGAAAUAAUAAUGGAUAAGCUUAUAGUGUAUAACCAAGAUAAAAAGAUGAAAAUUAUUUUGAAUAAUCUCCUCCUAUUAAAAAAUAGAAACAUCCAUAUUAAAAUAUGUUAUGUCAAAAAAAUGGAGUCAAAAUUAAAAAUUAUAAUGUUACUUCUAUAGAUUAUCAAAAUAAGGAAGAAAUUAAAAAAGUAGGUUCCAGAAAUAAAAGAGAAUUGGAUAUCGUUAAUCCUUAUCGAAAUUCUAAGAGAGAUUAAUAAUUGAAUAGAAUGCUAUAAAGUGGAAGCAGAUCAUAAAAUCAUAAAAAAGAUAGGGCUUAUAUUCCUAAUUAAAAUAAUCAAUCCUUUGAUGUACCUUUAAAUUCUAAUCAAUCAACUAAAUAAAAAUCAGUUCACUAAUAACGAUCAGGACAUUUUUAUCAUGAUUGA